UUGUUUCCUGUCAACGCCUCUGGAGUAUAUAUACAAACAGUUGGCUAUAUUCUGCAACUUUCUCUUUAUUAUAUCUUCAACCUUCUUCCACUGGACGCCUCUCAUAAUUUUCACACAAAAAAAUUGUAUUUUUUUUUUCCAAUUAAUUUAUAGAUUUGAAGCAAAAAUCAACAAUCAAUCUCAUAAGGACAAACGCUAAGGACCAACUCUCCAAUUUCUUCUUGGAUUGUUUUAGGACUCAUGGCUGAUUGUGGCUAAGGUAUAGACUAGUACUGCAUUGUAAACAACACUUAUUGCUUCCAGAUUUCUAGGACUGUUCGCGAAUCAAAAUUAAUACGCUCGUGAAGGUUUAUUUAAUUGCACUCUAGAGUGGAACAAGGAUCCUGUACUAUUAAUACUUUACAACAUUGCAAGAAUCAGAAGAACCACUAGAAGAAAUUUGAUAUAUUUCUUGGUGAGUACGCUUACCGGAAGUCGUAGAUAUGGGUGUUUUUAUGGUUUAUUUUGUGUCCAGCUGCUUCAUGAUAAAUUCUUUAAUCUUUACUGCUUGUUAUUUAUGGGUGUCAAUUUGGAGACCGCAAUCUCUGGUAUAUCUGUCCCUUCAUUUGAGAGCACAUAUUGAUGCAUUCCUGUAUUUGUUGGUCUGGUCCCAGUGCAAAUUGUAAAUUUCCUAAGUGUUGUUGUUUGAGGUUACUGAUUCGUGGGAAAGGCAUGAUAACUUAAUCACGUAGGUAUGACCCAAAAAAGAAAACUUAAUCACGUAGGAAGCCAAAAUGCAAUCUAUUUCCUGAACAAGAAAAGAAGAUGAUGAGAUGGGAAAAAAUAAGUUCUAUAGAAUAGAUGGCGGAGCUAAUAUAGACUGAAUACUUCUUGAUAAGAUGAACAAUUAUUCACUCCUAUGACAGCAGGGGACUUGCCUUCUGAGUCGAGAUUGUCGCACGGGGAUUGCCUAGUCCGGGUUAUCUCUCCUAUGUGGUUUGUGGGCUAUUGCACAAGAGCGUGGUUUACCCUGUGCGCACCCGAAGGGUAGCUUUGGGUUUCCUUGUCAUCAAAAAAAAAAAAAAAAGAAAAAAAAAGGAUGAACAAUUAUUAACUACAUAUUUUUUUCGGCAUGCGUGAGAGAGUUUUCUAUGUUGGCUAAUGGCUAGUGUCCUGAAGAAACCGGAGAAUGAAGUAGUUUUUCUUUUAAACCUUAAAAUACACAGUGGUACUAGACUUGGCUUUCAUGGAUUGGUGGAUGAUCAGAUACUCUAACUAAGUUGAAAUAUUGUGGAUGUACUAUCUAUGUUUCUGUGCAGGUUCUAAGAUUCUAAGGGAUUGGUUAUGUUUAUCAUAUCAUGACUUCUUUUCUUACCUUCAGUUUAGACAAUAGUACUGCCAAAGGUGCCAAGUUCUCAUAAAAGAGGCUGCUUGUUAGGUGGUUACUUUAGGAUCAUGAAUCUUCCCUGAGUUCUUAACAUGUUUCAGGAUUCGUGUGUCCUGCUAUUUCUUUUUUCUUUUGAUGUCUGUUGUGAUGGCGAGCGUAUAUAUAUAUAUAUAUAUAUCACACACAGAGGCGAACCUGGGAUUUUUAGAAUAUGGGUUCACCAGUAAAAAAAAAAAAAAAAAAAAGAAGGAAAAAGUGUGUGUAGUGGGAAUUGAUCCCUAGUCCUCUUGGUGAAUAACUCAACCUUCAACCAAGUGCACCAUUUAGUCUUUUUGUGGUAUGUGUUCCAGCAAGUAAUAUUGUACCAAAUUUUAAAAAUAUAAACAUAAAAUACCUAGUUUUACGGAGAGAUCACGUGUUCACGUGUCCCAAAUUUGCUUCCUAAAUUCACCGCUGAUCACACAUACCCGGUUUGUUGGUAUGGAAGAGAUUUCUUAUAGUUUGGGAUGCUUUUCUCUCAGGCUCGAACUCGUACAAAGAUUCUUUCUCUAGGGCCUCCUUUCACCUUUCCUUAGUUAUGGUUAAACAGAUUACAACAGUGUAUCUUGUUUCAUCUGACUAUGCUAUCCACCUUAUUAUAGACCGCAAAGGCUCUUACUUGAAUUAUAAUAGCACAGGGGGUGCAACUGUGCAAGGGUGGCGGUCAAUUCAGAAAAGGAGUGAUUCUCUUACCUAAACAAAGCUACGACUAGCAGCCCCUUUACUUGUAAGGGAAGCACGUAAGAACCUUAGAUAGUGCGAGUCCACCCUCCCAGCAACCCCGGAAAAAUUAUUUGUAAAUGUAGAGCAGGAAGGCAUGCAGCUCUAUAAAUGUUUUACAUUUGCUUCUUAUCGAAAUAAAUUGCUUGUGAUGGAUAAGUUCAUUAGUUUGCACAAUCUCGUGAAUGGUUUAUUUUUGUAACUUGAGGAGUCGGGGUAUUUAAAACAGUUUGCUUACUGUCUGUCAUACUACAAAAUGUCCUGUUUGUGUAUUGCUAUUGCAUUAAUCUGAUGGUUCUAUUGUUUUUAGUAACACUUUAUAGUCUACGUAGAUGGCUAGUAGGAAACGAAGCAUGUCAAAUGAUGUAGAUAUGCAUGUCCUUUACAAGGAAUGGGAUGCAGCUUCAUGCCCUAUAUGCAUGGAUCAUCCACACAAUGCUGUUCUUCUCAUUUGUAGCUCUCAUGAUAAGGGAUGCCGGUCAUACAUUUGUGAUACAAGUUAUAGGCAUUCCAAUUGUCUGGAUCGUUUCAAAAAACUCCGAGCCGAAAAUAGGGACAAUCCUCCUAUUAUGACACAGGGAAACCCGGAUAUUGCUGUUGAGACUCCCCAUGAACACGUGGAGAUGCAAGAAGGUACUCUACAAACUUCAGUUGCUGCUACUGUAUGGGGAAGUAGUAAUGAAACGAUGAGUGCAGACAACUCAUCUGACUCAAAAUUGAAAUUGAAUUGUCCUAUGUGCCGUGGAGAUGUACUAGGCUGGAAGGUAGUGGAAGAAGCCAGAAAGUAUCUGAAUUCGAAGCCUAGAAGUUGCUCUCGUGAAUCAUGUUCGUUCACGGGUAACUACAGAGAAUUGCGCCAGCAUGCUAGGAGAGAUCACCCGACCGCACGCCCUGCUGAUAUUGACCCUUCAAGACAGCGAGCUUGGAGACGGCUUGAGAACCAGAGAGAGUACGAUGACAUUGUCAGUGCAGUUCAUUCUGCCAUGCCUGGUGCAGUCGUGCUUGGAGAUUAUGUGAUUGAGAAUGGUGGAGACAGGCUAUCUGGUGAAAGGGAACGAGGCUCAGGUGGAAAUGGAAGAUGGUUGAGUACCUUCUUCUUGUUUCAGAUGAUUGGCUCAAUGGAACCUAUAUCUGAAGCAAGAGGUGGCAGGUCAAGAGCUUUGUCAAGGCACCGUCGGCCCAAUGGACCUUUAUCUAGGCGCCGCUAUCCUUGGGGUGAAAACCUUCUGGGUCUACAAGAUGAUGACGAUGAUGAAGAUGAGGAUCAACCUAAUCUUAACAUAUUGAGUGACAUGAGUGGUGAUAUGUCUACAAAUCCAAGAAGGCGCAGGCGGUUGAUGCGGUCUAGGUCAGAUGAAGAUCAGCAGUAAGUACCAUUUGGCUGUUGACACUGGGAUAGUUGGAUGCUUCUUGUGGUCCACUUUGCUACAGCAAGAUACAGAGCAAUUCUCAACCAAAUUUAGAGAUGGGAGAAAGAAAUUAUCCAUAUGCAUGUCUUGUGUGUUGGCAUGAAUGUGGCUUAGACGGGGUUUAAAUAAUUUGAGGGUGAUUUAGGUUGCUAUAUCUGGUUUCCCUGUGAUUGUGGGUGGUAGCUUCAGAAAUGUAAAUUUCCAUUUGGUAUUUUAAAUUCCCAACACUGAAACAUUGUUCAGCUUUUAUGCCAUCCUAUAUUGUAUUUUUAUCAGUUUCCUAUCUAUAUAGUCAGUCGUUUCCUUUA